AUGUUUAUAAACAAAUUCAUAUAUGUAUACUUUAUCACAGUGACAAUAAUCUAUGGAUUGACAGCCUUUGGAUUCUUAUUAAAGUAAUUAAAUCCAGUCUAAAAAGUAAUAUUAUAGAAUAAUAAAAAGGCUUUGUCUAAAAUUUUAAGAUAAUAACCAUUUUAUGAAACAUUGAAAUUCGGGUAUGGUAUUAUCAGCUUUGGAAUAUUUAUUUUGUGGGUUUAUAAUUUUGAUCAAGUUAAAAAGCAACUUGAACAUCUUAAUUUACAUAUAGAUAAAACUUCAUUAGAUUACAUUGAAGAUAAAGAAGAUUUAUACAGAGAUGAAAGAAAUCUUUAUCUUUAUGGAGGUGCAUUUUUUGUCACAUUAGCUAAUUUAAGAAUAUUAAGUCUAAUACAUGAUUAUUAUGAAUCUUAAGAUAGGAUAGAGAAAACAGAAAAAAAAUUAAAGGAAUAAUGAAUAAAAUAAAAAAU